GUUCACUCUCAAGGACUGUACGAGGUGGCCGGCCGGCCGGGAGAGUCGGGGGGCUGGACGGGACGGGACUGUCAGUGCUGCAGUGGGCGGACGGGUGGCUGCAGCUUUGAUGUCGGGCACAAGCUCUGGAUGGUGAUCGGCCCUUGCCAAAGUGGGGAUCAAAGCUCCACCCCAUCACUUCAGGCAUUGCGGAUGCCAGGGCACUCAUUGGACCAGAAGUAUCUGGAGGAGUGGAAGAAACUGGUGGAGCUGCAUUUUUGAGAUGGUUAACUGAACUGGGUGUGUCAAGUAGCUUUUACUUUAGGUGAGAAAAAGAUUUGGUUCUUUCGUCGAUCAGAGCGUGGUGUGGAAAGUACUGCAUUAUGAGACAUUGGCAGAUCCAUUUCGAUACAUUGAUGCUUAAAUCAGAGCAGAGAGACUGAGAGGGAUGAUUGUCGCCCUUAAACCAGGGAGAGGUUUUAAAUAAUCUUCAAAUGCCCCCACCAGCUAAUCUGUGUAGGAUCAAAGGACACCAUCCAGGCCAGAUGCUUCCUUCUCCAGAAGGCUGAACUUAUAUCUACAAUAGUGACCGUGGGUUCAGCUCCGAGAGUUCCAAAGACCUAUGAAUGAACAAGAUUGAUGAACACCUUCCAUCUGCACCUCCUGAGCCAGUCCAUGCCAGGGCAGGGACAUUGGAUGGGAAAGGUUGCCUUCAGGACGGAGAUCUGCUCCACAUCGUGAAGGUUGUGGGGGGAGCUCCUGUCUUUGCCAGUCCAGCAGAAGAAUCCCCUUGAGUGACCCAAACAAACUCAUCGAAAUGAUCAGCUGUCUACAGGAGGACAAAGUGAGGCUGGAGGAGGAACCGAACACAGCUGAGCCCAAACAGCAGGGGCUGGGCGGCACUGCACAAUCUCAGGGUACAACUGACCUGGAGAAACACUUGGAGAUCUUGGUGCAGGAAAAUGAUCGACUGAAGCAGGAGCUAAAUAGCAGCCAGCUCCGGUUCCAGCAGCUGCGGGCCUCCCUCCCCCCCUGCACCGACUGUGAGCACAGCAAGGAAAGCUCUCGGUUACGGAAGCAAAUGACAGUCUUACAGUUAGAGUUGCAAGAAAAGACCCGACUGCUGUCAGAACUGGAACAACACCUCAAAGAUGUCCUUCAGGACAGAGCUGAGAAGGAAGAGAGGCUGAAUAAGCGCAUAAGGGACUGCCAUCUAGCUCUAGCCAAGCAGUCCACACCAGGAGUAAAGUAUAUGACCAAAAAAAUAGAAGUUGAAUCAUCAAGGAUGAAGCAGGACUUAGAAGAAGCUCAGUCCAGGAAUCAUUAUCUUCAGGAACAGAUUAGUAUUCAGAGGCAACUGCUGACAGAGCAAGAACAACAGCUUCAAGACUCUUGGCAAACAUCAGCCCAGCUUCAAGCUCAGAUCAUGAUGUAUGAGGCAGAGCUCGAGCAAACACGAGGGGAGAUGCUUGCAGCACUUCAGGCAAUGGAAGAUGAGAAGAACCAGGCCAUUGAAGAGGUCUUCCAGCACGCACACUCUGAAAUGAAGACUGUACAUGAUAACCUGAAUGGUGUUCGAAUCAACCUACUCUCCAUCCAACCAGCCCUAAAGACACUGACUAAUGAUUACAACUGUCUGAAGAACCAUGUCCGGGAUUUUCCCUGUCUUCUGCAGGAUGCCGUCAGCCAGACAAAAAAGGAAAUUUACCAGGCAGUGGAGGAAGCGAAGGAAAUAAACCAGGAUCUUCUGCGCAAGUACAAACGGGAGAUGCAGCUCCGCAAGAAAUGCCACAAUGAGCUGGUGCGGCUUCGAGGGAAUAUUCGUGUCUUGUGCAGAGUUCGACCUAUAACCAGGGAGGACGGUGCAGGUCCCGACAACAGGAAUGUCAUUUCCUUCGAUCAGGAUGAUGAUGGAGUUUUGUAUGUCUCACACCGUGGAAAAGCAUCCAUGUUUGAGCUGGAUAAGGUCUUUCAGCCACAUGCAUUGCAGGCAGAUAUAUUCCGGGAGGUUCAAGCGCUCAUUACGUCCUGCAUUGAUGGGUACAACGUCUGCAUAUUUGCCUAUGGACAAACGGGCUCUGGGAAGACGUACACAAUGGAGGGGUUGCCAGGAGACCCUGGAAUAAACCAGCGUGCUCUCCAGCAUCUGUUUGGUGAAGUGGCAGAGCGCUCAGCAGACUGGGAUCUCACCAUCACUGUCAGCAUGGCCGAGAUCUACAAUGAAACCCUCAGGAACUUGUUGGCCAAGGACCCCAGCGAGAAGCUUGAGAUAAAGCUAAGUCCGGAUGGCAGUGGGCAGCUCUAUGUCCCAGGCCUGAUGCAGAUCAGAGUACAGAGUGUGGACGAUAUCAACAAGGUUUUCGAACUUGGGCGUGUGAAUCGGGCAACAGACUUCACGAAUGUGAAUGAGCACAGCUCCCGAUCCCACGCUCUGCUCAUUGUUUCUGUGACUGGGAUAAACCUCACCUCUGGAGUUCGAACAACAGGUAAAUUAAACCUAGUGGACCUGGCAGGAUCUGAGCGUGUCGGGAAGUCAGGGGCAGAGGGUCCCCGGCUGAGAGAAGCCCAGAACAUCAACAAGUCCCUGUUGGCUCUCGGUGAUGUCAUCUGUGCACUGCGCUCCAAACAGCCAUACAUUCCUUUCCGUAACUCCAAGCUGACCUACCUGCUACAGGACUCCCUCAGCGGUGACAGCAAAACCCUCAUGAUGGUCCAGGUGUCUCCAAUGGAGAAGAAUGUCAAUGAGACUAUUUGCUCACUGAAGUUUGCCCAGAGGGUACGGUCAGUGGAACUGGGAGCUGCUGGACGCAGGGGAGAAAGCCAACACUGUUCCAAUCGCCAUGAAUGUGAGUUAGAAUCUUCGCUGUCAGCUGUUCAACAAGGAAGACACAACAGCCUUUCAGGAGGGAAGAGCACAGCAGGAAAAAGGAGGCUGGUGGCAUCAAAGAUACAGCAUGGAAUAGGCCCUCUGACCCUUCAGGGCCCACCUCCCAGCAACCCCCAAUUUAAUCCUAGUCCAAUCACAAGACACUUUACAAUGAGCAAUUGACCUACUAUCCAGUGUUUUUGGACUGUGGGAUGAAACUGGAGCACACAGAAGAAACCCACAUAUUCCACAGGGAGGAUGUACAGACUCCUUACAGAGGACACUGGGUUUGAACUUCAUACUCUGAUGCCCUAAGCUGUAAUAGCAUUGCACUAACUACUAUGCUACUGUGGUGCCCUUUUUAUUUUUGGUAAUCUUUGAACUGUCAAAUUUUGCUUGCUCUGUUUAAUGUUAUUCAGCUGAUCCAUCUGUUUACCCUGCAGGUGAAGUGAGCCAUUGAUGGGGUCAGCAGUGCUGUCUGGAGUAUGGUACCUUGUCCCAGUAUAUAACGUCAGCAAGACUACUCUUCCCAGUGUAGAUCACAAGCCAAUAACUGUAUAUUUAUAUACUUCAACUCCAUACAUGUAUGCAAUCUGGUUUUUAAAAAGUUAAUGCAUGGAAUAGAGCUCAUUACUUAUUUUUUUUACUAUAAAUAUUAAGAUUUUUAUAUUGUCUACUUUUUUUUAAACCUGUCAUUUGAUAUCCAAAGGUAUUCAUUGAACAUACAACUACACUGUUCUUUUUAUGUUCUGAUUGAUAUUUGUUUUACUCCUUGUACUGCAAAUCCUGGGCUGCUUGCAGUCACCAUACAUUUUGGGCAAAGUGCCAAAUAUUACAUUAGGUGAAAUUGCACUGUGACAAGUUCAGCACAAAAUAGUUGUGGAGACUAACCUAUUUAUUUAAAAAAUGCCAUUAAGAACUUUCUGACCAGGGAGUGUCUCCUGCCGUUUUCAGACUUUGGCUCUUCCUUCAUUUGGUUGGAAUUGUAGUUCGUAAGUACACAGAUAUUAUGGUAUCCUCAUUACCAGAAAUCCUAUUUGUGACCUUUGGGCUUUGAGCUGAUCUUUGGCUACUGCAGUCCUUGGAUUACAGUUGAAUUUUUAGUAUUUCCAUGUUUUAGUGUAGAGACAAGGCCCCCAUCUUAACCACAGAUCAAACAUCGGACAUUAGCUGCUGAUGGGAGCCAGUGGAGUUGGCCAGGAAAUUGGGAAGUGAUUCUAGUGAAGGAUUACCAACCUCCAGCAGUGUAAGUUAGAGUGUGAAGAACUGAGGAUGUAGUGAUGGUGAAACGAGGAGCAACGUCAAGGUCAGCUUGCCAUUUUAAACCUUUAAAACCCAUGAUGUCUGAUGGCUUACUUAAAUAUUGCAGUAGAUUGGGCUAAGGUUGCAUUUGUGCCAGAAUACUGCUCACUUGCUGAAUUAAUGAAUGCAGCAUCUAAUUAGAAACAGAAGUAAUUGCUGAACCAAAAACAUGUUUUUCUAUUACUUUUUUAAUGCUUAAUGUUCAUUGUGUGGCUGUGGCUAAUAUCCGGUAUCCCUGUUAUUCAGAUAGGAACUCAACUUUAUCAAGUCAGCCCAGGGGACUCUCUUCCCUUCUAUGCCGUACUGGCUUCAGGAAUGUAUUUAUAUUUUUAAAAAAGCAUGCUGGAGCAGAAACAUAAUCUAAUCAAAAGCUGCUAAAGUGACUUCUGUGGCCCAAGCAUCUAUCCCUCUAACAGGUUUUUUUAUUGACAAAAAGACCCUUGUGAUGAAAUACAAACUAGGUAAGGCAGCAUGUGUAAAGAAAACCACUGAGCAGUAUUUUGUUUGUUCAUAUUAUGCCUAGUUUUACAAAAUUUACUUUCUGGGUUGGAAAGGAAGUAAUAUUCUCUUCUAAGUCCUCCAUAACCCCAAUGGUGGAAGUUGGAGGUCAGAUGAAGGCAUUGUUGGUCUUAGAAACUCAGAAGUAUGGGGUAGCAGCAUCCUUAGGUGAAAGCUUCCAGCAAGGAUUACUGAGGAAAAUAUGAUCUAUUUCAGUAAUGCAUGUUCCCAUUGCUCAGAACUUGUGUUGAAUCAUCUGUUGCUUGCAAUCUGUACUGAUUCAAUGAAAUGUAUCUAUCUGUGAAGUUGGAUGUUGCCAUCUAAUUGGGCUCAAAUAAAACCUAGUAUUUAUCCAACUUCAGAACUGCUUUAC